AUGGUUCACACAUUCGAUGACUACGGUGAUCUUGCUCUUGAUGAAAAUGAAGGCAUAGGAGAAUCGGAUUUUUUCUGUCAGGUCAAUAACAAAUCUAGCACCGGAGAAUUCGAUUCGGAUCCAACGAAUCUUGAGAGGAUCUGCAAAUGUGAUGAAAUAUACAAUCCUGAUAAAGAUGUCAUUCAAUGUGGUGGACGUAAUAGCUGGGUUCACCUAGAUUACAUGGGUACCACACUGGCUGAUGCAAAGGUGUUGGACCCAUACCUUUGUCAAAUCUGUGUUGGUUCUAAAGAAAUAUCCAUUGCGCCCUCUGAAGCUAAACACGAAACUAAUAAUUUGCCAUUGCGCCGCUUGUUUGUGAAGUUCAUAAAGGCAAAAGAGACUUGGGACAAUAUUACAAAUGUCAAGAUGCAGUGGGUUGCAGCAAGUGACGGCGCCCAUAAGUCCAUAGUUGAAGGACUACAUCUUGCACAAGCUCUGAACCACAGAGAACAACAGGUUUAG